CGGACGGCGACGACGGCAGACUCGGUGACGGCGACGGCGCGAUGCCCUCGUCCAUCUACUACCCCGGCAAUGGCCACGCAAAGCCCCGCGCACAGCUCCCGCUCUUCUCCUCCGCCCUCCCGGAAAAGCUCACCAAGCGCCGCACUCAGACCCCUCCGCCGUACAUUCGCAUACCGCUGCCCUUUCCCCGCAGAGUCCUCGUCAUACCGAACCCCUUCCGGGCCCACCACUUCUUCGUUGUGCGCUUUGGACUCGUUCCGGGCACUAUCCUCCUCUUCUUCGCCCUCGUAUCGCUGCUCCUCACCGCAUUCGCCUUCGGCAAGCGUUAUGGCAGUAAGGAGAAGCAAUGGCCGACGACGCGCAUUCCUUUCAUGGGUGACCCGCCCACGCUCGUCUACACGCGCAGCGACCUGCAGAAGAUUUGGGAGUGGGAGGUAGCAAGCGGACACUAUCCCAGCCGUCGUCCGAUACCAGAGCAGAUCGGCUUCGCCAAACCUAUCCGCAAUCCUGGUGUCCCCCCGUACAAAACCAACAGGUUCAAGGCCCCUCCCGGUAUCCGUCCCACCACCGACUCCGAGGGCGUUGGCGCGCAGCGCGUCUACCUUGACAUCCAGAGCCGUCCGCCCAAUGUCGCCUAUCCCCCACGACCUGUCCCUGGCAGUGCCGCUGACCUUGACAUCGUCAUGGACAACUGCGAUUUCUCAGAGAACAAGUACGUACGCGACUGUCUUGAAGUCCUUCGCGUAGGCGCAGGUCUAGACAAUGGCCAGCGCUUGCGACGCGGUGAGAUGGAUGACUGGAAGUACAUCUACAUGGAGCAGCCCGACACCUACAACGUCUCCCGCUCAGAUGCUGGCGGCUCGAUAAGCCCAAUCACCGCUCUCGCGAGCGAAGGCGAUCCCAACAGUGGCCUGAACCGCCGCUGGGGUGUGGACUGGGAGCCAUCACUCAAGCUUCGUCCACCAGUCGAGCAGCACCCGUACUCCGCCCUUCCGGAACCGUGCGACCCGGAGAACCCUCGUAUAUUCCACAUGUUCUGGACCGGCCCCUUCACGGAUAAACCGUACAUGGCCCUCCUCUCCUUCCUCUUCACGCAAAACACCGGCCUGCACCUCGACAACUUCCCCUCUCGUUCGGCAUGUCGCCCUCAGUUUUGGUUGUGGAUCAACCCAGGACCAGCGGCGUCCGUACCUAACCCGAAUGUCGUGCGCGAGAUGUUCGACGGGUUGAAGGACAACCCCUGGGCGGCGCCUUUCUUGCACCCGCGCUUCAAGGACGUGAUCCACUUCAAGAUGUGGAACACGACGGAGCAGCUGGACGGCGUACCCGAGCUCAAGGAUGAAUGGCGCCAUCUAGAUUCGCUCUUCAACUCCGGCGGGCACGUCAUGCAAGUGCCGAAGAAGCAGGAGGAGCAGAGCAGCUCAUCUGCAGCGAAGAAAGACGACGACGACAUGAUGAACCGCCUGGGCUCCAAGUCUGCCUCGUCGUACGACCGUCUCAGUGUCAUCUUGUCGGAUAUGGCCCGCUUCGUCCUCUGCCAUCGCUUCGGCGGUAUCUACCUCGACGCAGACACGAUCUUCCUUCGCGAUUGGGAGGAGCUGUGGGGCUGGAAGGGCGCGUUCGCUUACCGCUGGUCGCGUCUGCCGAAGUAUAACACAGCGGUGCUGAAGCUGAACAAGCAAAGCGCCCUGGGCACGUUCCUCUUCCGCACCGCGCUGAAAAACAACAUGGACUUCCACCCGAUGACGGUCGCGCGAUAUACCAAGGAUGCGUACCUUGAGCCGUUGUUGCUGCGCUUACCGGACGCGCUCUUCGACUCCGCGUGGUUGAACACGGAAGACUUCCAGCGCGAUCGGCCGCCACAGCCCUAUCUUACCGACUUCUCCGAGUUCUUCGAGACGCCAGCCCAGUCGGGUGGUGCACCAUUAGCACUGGGCUUCGAUGGCUUCUACAAGGGCGCAUACUCAUACCACUUCCACAAUUAUUGGUGGAAGCCAUUUGACCCUGCACGGAACUGGCCGGACCUUGGCGAACGGUUCAUCGCUGGCGAGCGGCAGGCGCGAGAGGCCCUGCGGGCGACUGGGGUGCCUGCACCGGUAGACGGCGCAGAACAUACCGCAGACGACAAGCGCGACCUUGAUUGGUCAACCGUGCUCAAGCGCACCUUCGAGUCGUACAUCCGUGGCGAGCGGCCAAACAUGUACGGCGAGUGGCUCAAGUGGUGAUCGGGGCAUCUGCAGGAGGGUAUCAGGCAUUCGGAUGGUGGACGGUUCAGAUUGUGGAGGGAAGUUCACAGGGGGAUUACUGUAGAGCACGAGGUAGAGCAGGCGAGGCGAGGCGUGGUCGCCGCUGCAUGGUAGCGAUGCAGCCACCGCUACGAUGUACAUAGACAGACGACGCCGGGCGCUCGUACAGGUGGACGGAGUACCGCACCUGUUCAUACCACCUUGUAAUGCAGACGCUCAUUGACUAGGUAUCGAUAUUGUCGACUAAUAUCAGGUGCGCUGCUGUCGCAAA